AAAUUAUGAGGAAAAAAGAAGAAAAAUAUGCGUAACCGAGUGAAGAUCACAAAGAUUUUUUUAGUACACGAGUACUAGUUAGUAUUAGUAGAGGAAAUUGACGAAAAGGUUCAAUAAAAAGGUGCCCGAGAAUUGAAAUCAAUGGAAUAGAGACGAACGGCCGGCGAUGGAAACAAGACCAAGAGGAAAGGGGGAUGACUAAACUGGCCCACGUCCUUGACGUUUUUUCCGACCUAAUCACUUCUGACAUUCUACACGAAAGCAACGGGCCCUCUAUUCUGCCGACCGAAACAUAAACAUGCUCUGCCUUUUCAACUAUGUCAACUAUUAAGAAAGAACCUGACCCCACUUCACUUGAUAUGUACUGUUAAUGCUAUGAUCGAGAGUCAAUUUAAGAGUGGUGUUCCAAACAUAUAAAAAUGGACCAAAAGGAUGAAACAACGGGUAGUUGCAUAAGUGAUACCAGCAAAGACUUAUUAAAUGCAUUUCAGUAUAAAAAUAUCUCAAAGUUCAAAAACAUUUUAAAAGCGGAAAAUACAAAUGUUAAUAAGACCUACGGUGAUCCUCAUUAUGGCACUAUACUCGAUAUAGCUUGUCGAGAAAAAGGAAAUGUCGAAUACAUUAAUGAACUAUUGAAGUUUGGAGCUGAUCCAAAUAAAAUAAAUGAAACGAGAAAAAAAGCACCACUCCAUUUUGCAACGUUAGCAGGAGAUGAAGAAGCUGUUAAAGCUUUACUGGUCCAUAAAGGAACUGACAUUAACAUAAAAGAUAAUACAGGUAGCACAGCUCUUCAUCUUGCUGUAAAAAAUAAACACACAGAGAUUGUGAACGUACUACUCGAAAAUGAAAAUAUUGACAUUAAUGCCCUGAACAGAAAAGGUAACACACCACUACAUGAGGCGGCGCUUCAAGAAAAUAACAUGGAGUUAAUUGCACAUUUCUUAAGUCUGCCUGAUAUUGAUUUGGAUGUUGGUAGUAAUUACGGGCAAACAUUGAGAGAAUUGAUAUCCGAUCAGUACCCAGAACUCCUAAACAAGUUACCACAUGAAAUAAUUCCCAAAAAACAACUAACUACUGAUCAAAUGUUUACUAUGCUCAGAAAUCAUAAUAUCAAUUCGUUUGUAAGUUCCCUUAAAGCCAAUACAGAUAAACUUGAAGCUAAUGAUGGACUUCACACAUUUUUGCAAUACUGUUGUGAAUUUGGGAUUCAUAGUGCUGUCCCAGAGCUACUAGAGCAUGGAGCAAAUCCAAACACCACACACUCUGCAAAUUUACAUACUCCGUUAAUGAUUGCAGCGUCUAAAGGUUUUUGUUCUAUUGUUUUAUUGUUGGUUAACAAUGAAAAAACGACGUAUGAAGCAGUUAAUAAUGAAACUGCGCUUCAUUGUACUAUCAAGGGGUCGAGUGAAGAAAGAGGUUUAGCCGAAUUUGAAAUCGAGAAAAAUUACAUUAGUUGUUUAAAAAUUCUUUUAAACCAAGUACCAAAAUUAGAUAUAAAUCAGAGAGACAAUAGAGGAAAUACUGCACUUCAUUAUGCGGCUAAACAGGGAGAGCAUGAGAUGAUAAUUAUGCUACUUAACGCAGGAGCAUAUAUUGGAAUUUGCAACAAAAACAAUGAACCAGCCUGUUCGGACAUAAGUUACAAAACAUUUAUUACUUAUUUAGAUGGAUGCAUUUACACCAAUGAAAAGUUAUCAAGGGAAGAUACUUAUGAAAUAAUUUUCAACUAUAAAUGUUUAAUCCCGUUUGAAAAGAAAACAAAAAACAGUACUAACAGUUUAAUGCAGCAAGCGAUAAUUAUAGAACAAGAGAAUGGUAGAAAAUAUAAUUGUGAAAGUGAACCGUUACUGUACAUGACACAAAGCAGAGAGCUGAAACCUUUGCUAAAGCACCCCAUAUUUACUAGCUUUUUGCACUUAAAAUGGCAUAAAAUACGCACAUAUUUUUAUAUUAACGUUUUUCUGUAUACAAUGUUUUGUAUUUUUUUUACUUUCUUUAUUUUAUCGACUUACGCAAAUAUUAGUACAUCAGUGGAUCCUGUUACAAAUCAAACUGUGAUUCAGUAUCCAACGGACGGGGGGGACAAUUUAGUAUGGUCAUUGGUAACUGUGUUUUUAGCAUUACUACUUUUAAGGGAAUUUUUACAAUUGACACUAUCUCCCAAAAAAUACUUGUUGAACCCAGAGAAUUGGUUGGAAAUAGGAAUUAUAGGUAUCACAAUUGCUAUUUUGUUUUGUCAAAGUUGCGUGAAAAUAAAACAUCAAGUUUCUGCGACUGGCAUUUUACUUUCUUGGGCCGAAUUAGUUCUUUUGAUUGGUAGACAUCCUGCAUUAUCGACCAAUAUAGAGAUGUUCAAAACAGUUUCUUGGAACUUUCUCAAAUUCUUGGCAUGGUAUUCAAUUUUGAUCAUCGCAUUCGCUUUAAGUUUUCAUUCAUUGUUCAGAGAUAUAGCAGAAGAUGAUAAUUCAUUUGAUGAUCCCGGAGUAUCAAUUUUUAAAACUGUAGUUAUGCUGACGGGAGAAUUUGAUACUGGUUCUAUACCUUUUAUUCACUAUCCUGUCACAAGUCAUUUAUUGUUUGUACUUUUUGUAUUUUUGAUCGCAAUUGUUCUAUUUAACCUAUUAAACGGUUUGGCAGUUAGUGACACACAGGUCAUUAAGUCCGAUGCUGAAUUGGUAUCUUACAUCUCAAGAGUGAAGUUAAUUUCAUAUAUUGAAAGAACAUUGUACAACCCUUCUUCGUGCUUAACUCGAUCUGAAAAUUUUAAAACUUUAUUCUGCUGUCUGUCCAAAAUUUUUAACAACAAAAAGAAAGAAUUAUUUUCUAAAAAAAUUAAUUUGUUUGAAAAUGUUUCAAAUACAUGUGAAAUUAGAAUAUCUCCCAACUUAGAAAACAGAGUAGAAAUGAGCUAUGAAAAAUACACAAGCAAACAAAACAACAGAAUUGACAAUUUUCAAAAUUCUAGUUGCAUUGAUAACUGUGGGAUGGUUUAUAUGGACAAUGACAUAUUAAGAACAGCAAAACAAAUUCUUAUAGAAAAACAAAUUAAGGAAGAGCAGGAAAGAAAUAAUACACGCUUAUUGGAAAAAGAACAAAAAUUGAACCAAAUGUUGUUCGAGUGUAAAGAAACAUUGGAAAAAAACAAAGAAAUGUUGGAAAACAUAACAUCUCUCCUCUAUGAACUACAUGCUAAAUAAUGCUAACAAAACUGUUUAGCUAAUCUUUUACUCUCAUAACACAAUACUUUUGUUUUAUUACUUGUCAAUUUAAAAAAAUUUGCUGUGAUUUAAUACGCAUUGAAUCAAAUGUUAUUUGAGUGUAAAGAAACGGGAAAAAAAAUGUUGGACAACAUAACUUCUCUCCUCUACGAACUGCAUGCUAAAUGAUGCUAACAAAACUGAUUAGCAACUCUUGUUCUAACAAUGCAAUACUUUUUGUUUUAUUACUUUUUAAUUUAAAAAAAUUAUAUUAAAAAAAUUGCUGUGAUUUAAAACACAAAAA